AUGUACUGAGUUCACAGCUAGAAACAAAUACAGACAGAUGGAGGAAAACUGAGAUGGUGAGACAGGUCCCACUACAGAGUCCUCAUUCCUGAAGUCUGUGGAGUGAUCAGGCCUUUAAAUAGAGCUCAACAGGAAUGCAGAUAGACUAAGUGGAAAGUCGAGGCCUGGGGGUAUCUCAGGAGUAGGACCGGCAAGAUGCCAGGCCUUUUGUCCAGUCCUGUGUGUCUGACAGUCAUCUGGUUUUUAUCUUGGUCGCUGUGUCCCAGUUGUGCUCAGAUUCGGACUGAUGAAGUGUCAGGCAUCCAGUUCGGGCACUUGGAGUCGAAUGUGACGUUGGCGUGCGGGAAGUCGCAAAUCUGGACACCAGUGGUGUGGCAUCUCAACCACAGCUCAGCGUUGCCAUGGCACCAAGUGACCUCAAAUGGGAGCCUGGUACUGCUACAAGUCGACCACUCAGUACAGGGCGACUACAGUUGCUAUGACAACCAGGGGCUCCUCGUCCAUUCCAUCAAACUCAAGCUGGGCUAUCCCCCUGGGCUGCUGAGCAUUUCCUGUCAAGUGCCCAAUCACACACAUGUUCGCUGCUCCUGGGUGGAAUCUGUUAAGACCUUCCUGCCAGCUGCAUACAACGCCUCCUUCAGGGACGGUCGGGAGUGGAGGCCAUGUAUCGUGGACACCACCCACAGGCACUGUGACAUAGAUCACCCAGCCUUCUGGCAGACCACCCAUGUCCUGAGAAUCACAGAGACCAAUGUCCUUGGCUCCCAGACAACACUGGUGCUGUUAACGUUGCAUGAACUAUUAAAACCAAACCCUCCAGAGGCAGUGUCAGUGAGCCCAUUAGAAGGAUAUCCCAAAAAGCUUCAAGUCUCCUGGGAUUUUCCAUCGUCUUGGCCUCAGCAUGAUGCAUUUCCCCUCAUGUUUCAUGUCAGAUACAGGCCUUUGGGAUCCAUAUACUGGUCAGAGAUCUUCUCCGAGGACACAUCAGUCAUGAUAUUCGACGCCCUGGCUGGUCAUGUCCACCAGAUUCAGGUCCGAGCCCGGGACGAGGUGAACUCGGAGAGCCAGUGGAGCGAAUGGAGUAACCUGGUUUUCGCCCACCCUUGGGAAGUCGACACCACACAUGGACCUGCAGUAGAUGAGGGGUCAGAAGUAAUUCCAGUUAUUAUUUUUCCUGCCAGGACAAACCCGGAAACCUCAACAGCAAAGUCACACAAUCCUGCAUUUGAGGAAGAAGGUAAUUUGGGUUUGGUGAUUCUGCUGGUUUUGUUCUCUGUGGUCAUCCUCACCACCGUCCUUUCCCUCAUCUUUGUCGUGUGGGUGAGGCAGAGGCGACGCAAUCAUGUGACCAAACAGGAACUCACCUCCAUGGUCAAGAUGAAGUCCAUGCCAAUCUAAUGUUGAUUCCAAGCAUCUUCUCCACAUCGGCCCGUUCUAGGGCUCUUCCUGAGGGUCAACCCCUGACUUUGCCACUGCACCAAGCUGAAGGUCCGAGUUCAGCUACAUCACCCACAAUGCAUCAGUCAGACUCUACCCAGAAUCCACGGUGACAGGAACAAACCCAUACACAGAGCUUUGCAGAGCAGGGUAAAGUUUGUAUUUUGCAGAUGCACAUGCACAGGAUUUUCCUGGACAUAUUGAGUGAACAUAUCCAGUUACACUACCCAUAAUGCAUCUGCUGGCACCACCCUGCCUUCGUGUCCUCGGAGACGAAGAAACACAGACUCUAAUUUGUUACUUUUCGGGAGCUCCUUUUAGUAGGAGAUGACCCUGCACCAGGACAUCUGAGUUUACUCACAACCAAUGCUGCUUCAGGUGGAAUGACUCCUUUAAUGUUUUUUUCUUUUUUUUUUUUUUUUUUGGAGAGAGGUGACUUGGAUUUGGUUUUAACUUUGGAAGUUUUAGGCUACAUGUAAGGACCAGGUGUGCAGCUGCCAAAAAGGAGUAAGUGGAAGAUUUUUACUCGGACAUCGAUCUUCACUCAACCAGAACUCCUCAAGGUCUCUUUUUUUUUUUUAAUUUGUUGUGAGAACGAAAGAGAUUAUUAUGCGUCUGAUAUGACAUCGACUGACCAACCGACUCAAUGCUGUGAAGGAAUCAUACCUUAUGCCAGUCUCUCUGUGUGUGUCUGAUGCCAAAGCAGCAACUAUCGGGCAUUACGGUUUAGCUGGGGGGCAGGAAGUGACUCGAAUGGACUCGGGUGGGUGGGUUGGGUUAUAGCGGCUUUACUUCUACUACAUUUAUGACACGUGCUUUUAUGUUGCAUGUUACGCUUGUUUUGUUGUCUUGUAGUGCGAGCCUUUUCGGCCAUACCUCCCUCAGUCCAUCCAUCCACUGUCAUUGAAUGGGAGACACACAGGGGGAAGAAAGAGAGAGAUAACAAAAGAUAUACUGGCCUUUCACAAACCACCAGCAUCAUCAUACUAUGUAGAUCUCAGUGAUUUAAAAAAAAAAAAAAAAAACACAUAACUUUUAGAUAAAUUAUCAUCAGUCCUGUCUAAAUAUUACCCUCUAAUCUCCUCUCAGCUGUCAGGUGUGAUUAAAAGUUUGUUUUUAUUGCAGAUUAAACAGUGUUUCCCCUUCAGGGAUCAUCAAACCCAGCCUAAUUAAAUCAAAUCCAGCCUAGUUUUUCUCCUUUUUUUAUGUUGUUGGGUGUCAAAUUAGAGUAGUUCCAUAAAACUUGGACCAUUUUGAGAUCAGGACAACAGAUUUACCGUCUGUGGCUUAUAUUUACUCAUACAGUUUACACUCGUUAUCACUGUAGGAUUAAUAGGUCAUGUAAUGACCUGACAAACCAAAAUGGACUGAAUUUUUAUAUCACGUCAUAUGAUAUAUAUAAUGAAAAUGAUUAUUUACUUAAAUGGUGAUUUUUUUUUUUUUUUUUUUUUUUAACGUCAACAUUAUCGUGGAAAAGAAGGUUUUUGUCAAAUGGAUGGAUUAAUCGGUAAAUCAUUUAACUUCAGUCUUUAGUUUCUUUUUCAACGUGAUCAAAGAUGCUGGGUUUGAUGUGUUAAAAAAAUAUUUAGUUUUGACAACAUUUAUGGAGAUUAGAGAUCAGUUACAAAACACUGUAAAAUGUUACUGAUAAUGUUACAGGCUUUUAUAGGCUUAGAAGUAAAAUGCAGAUUGAUUUAUUUAGGAAUGUAUUUGGGGACAAAACGUGGCAAAAAAUAUUAAUAUAAUUUUAAAA